UCCCCGCUGACCGGAUAGUGUUUGUGGAGAGGAAGUUUUGUUUUUCGACUUUUUCCGUCCGCCUCGACUCCACUCAAAGAUUAGCUAAUGUCUUUAUUGGAACACGACAUGUUUGCUAUGUGAAUUACACAUCUGGGACCUUACCAGCGUUUACCGCGAAAGUCAAAGUUUCCGCCCUUUGAUUACUGCGGGAAUUCUCGUCAGUACCCAGCAAGCUAAUCUACGCGGCUAGCUAACGUUAGCCUCCGCUUCUAUUUUUUGUACCGCUUGUGUGGGGCUCACCGAGCUAACGAAGCCAUGGGGAACCGGGGCAUGGAAGACCUGAUUCCCCUCAUCAACAAGCUCCAGGACGCCUUCAGCUCCAUCGGACAGAGUUGCAACUUGGACCUUCCUCAGAUCGCCGUGGUCGGAGGGCAGAGUGCCGGGAAGAGCUCGGUUUUGGAGAAUUUUGUGGGCAGGGACUUCCUUCCGAGAGGAUCAGGCAUUGUUACUCGCAGACCUCUCAUUUUGCAGUUGGUCAACAAUAAAGCAGAAUAUGCUGAAUUCCUGCACUGCAAGGGGAAGAAGUUUGUGGAUUUUGACGAGGUACGCGCGGAAAUCGAGGCGGAGACGGACAGGAUAACAGGCUCCAACAAGGGCAUCUCUCCCAUCCCAAUUAACUUGAGGGUCUACUCUCCACAUGUUUUGAAUUUGACCCUGAUCGACCUUCCGGGAAUGACUAAAGUUGCCGUGGGAGACCAGCCGGUGGACAUCGAGCACCAGAUCCGGGAUAUGCUCUUGCAGUUCAUCACCAAGGAAAGCUGUCUGAUCCUCGCUGUCACGCCGGCCAACACCGACCUUGCCAACUCGGACGCGCUAAAGAUUGCCAAGGAGGUGGACCCCCAGGGCUUGCGCACCAUUGGCGUGAUCACAAAGCUGGACCUGAUGGAUGAAGGCACUGACGCAAAGGACAUCCUUGAAAAUAAACUGUUGCCACUGCGCAGAGGCUACAUCGGCGUGGUAAACAGAAGUCAGAAAGACAUUGACGGCAAGAAGGACAUCCGUGCUGCUCUGGCGGCCGAGAGAAAAUUCUUCCUCUCCCACCCUGCUUACAGACACAUGGCGGAGCGAAUGGGUACGCCGCAUCUACAAAAGGCUCUUAACCAGCAACUGACCAAUCACAUCAGGGACACACUUCCUGGUCUGCGCAGUAAGCUACAGAGUCAGCUCCUCUCCCUAGAAAAGGAGGUGGAGGAAUACAAGAAUUUCCGUCCAGAUGACCCGACACGCAAGACCAAGGCUUUAUUGCAGAUGGUGCAGCAGUUUGGCGUGGACUUUGAGAAGCGAAUUGAAGGCUCUGGAGACCAGGUAGACACCAACGAGCUGUCUGGUGGUGCCAAGAUCAACCGCAUCUUUCACGAGCGCUUCCCAUUCGAACUAGUCAAGAUUGUAUUUGAUGAGAAGGAGCUACGGCGGGAAAUCAGUCACGCAAUCAAGAACGUUCACGGUGUCAGAACGGGACUGUUCACUCCAGACCUGGCGUUUGAGGCCAUCGUGAAAAAGCAGAUCGUUAAGCUGAAAACGCCCUGUCUCAAAUGUAUCGAUCUGGUCAUUCAGGAGCUCAUCAACACAGUCAGGCAGUGCACCAACAAGCUCAAUUCCUACCCGAGACUGCGAGAGGAGACGGAGAGGAUUGUGACCACGUAUAUUAGGGAAAGAGAAGGAAAGAGCAAAGACCAGGUUCUGCUGCUGAUUGACAUUGAGCUGUCCUACAUCAACACCAACCACGAGGACUUCAUUGGCUUUGCUAAUGCACAGCAGAGGAACACAGUGGCCAACAAGAAGCGGGCCAUUCCCAACCAGCUGGCCGUGCUUGGAGAGGUCCUGGAGGAGCAGGUGAUCAGGAAAGGCUGGCUGACCAUUAACAUCAGCAUCAUGAAGGGGGGCUCCAAGGAGUACUGGUUUGUCCUCACAGCAGAGGCGCUAUCCUGGUACAAAGACGACGAGGAAAAAGAAAAGAAGUACAUGCUGCCUUUGGAUAACCUGAAGAUCAGAGACGUCGAGAAAGGCUUCAUGUCCACAAAGCACAUCUUCGCCAUCUUCAACACUGAGCAGAGGAACGUGUACAAGGAUCUACGACAGAUAGAGCUGGCGUGCGACUCUCAAGAGGAUGUGGACAGCUGGAAGGCGUCGUUCCUCAGGGCCGGGGUUUAUCCGGAGAAGGACCAGGUGGAGAACGAGGAAGUGGCUCCGGCGGACACCUUCUCUAUGGACCCUCAGCUGGAGCGUCAAGUGGAGACGAUCCGCAACCUGGUGGAUUCGUACAUUGGCAUCAUCAACAAAUCCAUCCGAGACCUUGUACCCAAGACCAUCAUGCACCUCAUGAUCAACAAUGCCAAGGACUUCAUCCACUCGGAGCUGCUGGCCUACCUCUACUCCUCUGGGGACCAGAACACCCUGAUGGAGGAGUCGGCCGACCAGGCCCAGCGCAGGGACGAAAUGUUGCGCAUGUAUCACGCCCUCAAGGAGGCGCUGCAUAUCAUCGGCGACAUCAGCGCCAACACCAUCGCCACCCCGGUGCCCCCACCUGUAAAUAACACCUGGAUCCAAGACUCCAGCCCGACCCCGCAGCACAAGCCACUGCCCGCCACAGCCGCACCGCCCAGCCGCCCACCAGCAGUCCGGGGCCCGACGCCCGGACCCCCCCUGAACCCUUCUCCUGCCUUUGGCGCCCCUCCACUCAACCCGUCUUCCGCCUUCGGCGCUCCUCCCAUCCCCUCUCGGCCAGGACCGCCCCACAGUGCCUUCAACAAUCUCCAGGACCCCUUCAGCGCGCCCCCGCAGAUCCCCUCCCGGCCAGCCCGCAUCCCUCCCGGGGUUCCCAGCCGAAGACCCCCUGGGGCUCCCUCUCAUCGGCCCACCAUUAUCCGCCCUGCUGAGCCCUCCCUGCUAGACUAGACCCCCACGGUGGCUGAGCCUUAUUCUCUUGUUUGUGUGUGCGUGUGCGUGCGCGGGUGUGAUGGACAGGAGACCGUUCAAUUCCACCUCUGCGCUGUGCAAAGUGUACAGAAAAUAAAAGUAGCAUGACAUCGACCGGCUAGUUGUUUUACAUCUUCAGAUAACUUAUUCACGCCCUCCCAACGCAUUCUCAUUAAUCAUUUUUUUUAUUCAAACAAAAAAAAAGGAUAUAUGUAGCUUUAAAAACAAAAAUAAUGGCUCCCGUGGUGAAAAGUCCGAAAAGCGAUUUGGAAUCGGUUGCACAGAAUCCACCGGAUUGCAUCUAUGCAUUCAACCUUUUUUUUUUGUAAAUACGCGGGCCACACUGUGGAAGGCAGCACUUGUAUCUUAUCUAACAUGUCAUGUGACUAACUCGUCUCAAUUGUAUGGAUUCUAUGGAGAUGCUUUUAUUUAUAACCUACAUGCCACCGGGGCGUCAUUAUUUACUAUUAUUAUCGCUCGCUUCAAUUCAUUCUACUCACUCAUUUAGGGGCUGCCUAUGUUCAGCGGUGGGGGGGUUGAAGGCACAUCCUGUCAAGAGAAGCCACAAAACCUGAAUAAUCACUGUAAAACUAUUCCAACCUCUCUACAGAAUGGGCUUUUUUUCCUUUGCCUUACACCUUAUCUCCACUAGAGGGCGCCUGUAAGAAGUCCUGUAUUAUUAAGACUAUUAAGUUGACUUUGGCCUCCUUCCUCCCUGAUUUUCUUUUUCUGUCCAAGUGCCUGUGUAGCCAACAUCACAUGACCUGAUGUAGACGAGACAAAAGUCAAUAAAAGCGGUGUGUACAAUAAAACGAGGGAAUGUUU